AAUGUUAUUACGUAUUCAAUAAUGUUAAACUUUCUCAAUGUUCAGAUGCCGCCACGUAGGGAACCCAAUCAUCAGGCUCCUACUCAGGCUACUGUAGUCGCACAGUUCCACGACUACCACGCUGAAAAGUUCUCAGGACAGGGAGAUCCCCGCAUCGUAGAUGAACGGAUUCAGGGCUUGGAGUUUAACUUUGAGGUCAUGGACUGCCUCGAUAGAUAUCGUGUAGUUUGCGCUCAGCUUCAGCUCACUGGUGAUGCUAGGCUCUGGUUGAAUGCCUACUGGAGCAUGCAUCCCGGUGAAAAAGCGGGUUGUACAUGGGACAUGCUCAAGGAGCUAGUCCGCGAAAAAUACUACCCCUCCUAUUAUCGGGCAGAGAUAGAGCGUCAGUUCUUAGCGCUCCAGCAGGGCACUCGUACGGUUGAUGAGUACGAGCGAGAGUUCACUAGACUUGCAGCUUUCGUACCGGACUCGGUUUGCACGGAGGCUCAGAGAGCGCAGCGGUUCAUCGAUGGGCUUUACCCAGCAGUCCGUCAUAACAUCGUGGGACACGAGACUCAGACCUACGCUCGUGCAGUUUCUAUCACCCAGGAGGUGGAUGCUAGCAUUAGGAGGGAGGCAGUUCGUGAUCGUGCCCAGCCAUCCGCCCCAGUUCAGUCAUUUGCAGCUCCACCGGCCCUACCAGCUGUUCAGCCGGCGAAGGAGAAGAAGAGGAAAGGGAAGGGCGCACAGACUGACCGGAGGACCCGACAGAGACAGCAGCCG